AUGCCGCGCUCUAUGAUGGUUGCAUUUAGACGAUUGCUUUUCAUCAUUUCACGGCUUUAUUUUCCCAUCGUGUCAUGCUUUUUCACCUUCGUCAAUUACUUUUGUACUAAACGUUGCGUUCACGCCCCUGAAGACAAGUUACUUCUUAUAAGUGCUACUGAGGCAGCCAAAAUGAUUCGAAAUAGAGAGAUUACAAGUGUAGAUUUAAUAAAAGCAUAUGUUAAGCGCAUUAAUGAAGUGAACGAUAUAAUAAAUGCGGUUGUGCAGAUGAACUUUGAAGAUGCCUUAGUUAAGGCACAAGAAGUUGAUGAACUUCUGGAUAAUUUGGAUCGCAGUACAGUGCAAUUCAAAAAUCUAGUUUUAGAGAAGCCAUUGCUUGGUGUGCCUUUCACUUUGAAAGAUUCGAUUGAGGCAGAUAGUUUGUAUUGUACCAUAGGAAUAUUAUCUCGGAAAAAUAUAGUAAGCAAAAAAGAUGCAGUUGUAGUGCAGCGAAUGAAAGAUGCUGGAGCAAUUUUACUUGCGGUAACUAAUGUACCUGAAGUAUGCAUGUGGUGGGAAUCAUUUAAUGUUAUCUAUGGACGCACGAAAAAUCCAUAUGACAGUAGAAGAAUAGCAGGUGGUAGCAGUGGUGGUGAAGCUGCACUUGUCGCUUCUGCUGGUUCGGUCAUUGGAAUCGGUAGUGAUAUCGCUGGUUCUAUUCGUAUGCCUUCUUAUUUUAAUGGAAUAUUUGGAUUGAAACCGACUCCCGGUGUGGUUCCAAUAGAAGGACAUUUACCGCUCAUCGAUGGAUACCGUACUGAUAAAAUGUUGUGUAUUGGACCCAUAUGUCGUUACGCUAAGGAUUUACCUCUUUUGUUACGGAUUUUUGCUGGAAGUGAAGGCAUGAAAUUGCUGCAGUUGCAUAACUCGUAUAACAUGAAAAAAAUUCGUCUUUUUUACAUGGAAGGUCUUAAAACACCUUUAGUACCAGAAGUAAAUGAGGAAUGCUACCGAGCGUUACGGAAAGAAACGGCUAUCAAGUGGUUUAAGAAAAGCCACGCAGUUCGUUAUUUAGAGUUAAAAUACAACUUGUCUGCAAUUCGUGUGGAUUUACCAUUUGCUCAUUAUGCACUCGAAUUUUUUUUAACAAGUAUGGAAGAUAUUAAUGCUCCAAAGUUUUCGAUGUAUAUGGCGGAUUUGAAGGGUGAUGUUAAUUGUUUCGUUGAAACAUUGAAGUGGUUGGUAGGUAAUUCAGACCAUACAUUACCAGCUAUCAUAACCGGCAUUGCUGACGAAUAUUUUGCACCAUUCACGGAAAAACAAAAACAGAAGUUGAAAAAUCAGCGAGAUCGAUUAAUUCGAGAGGUUACUGAACUUUUAUCUAACGAUGCUGUUUUAUUGUUUCCUGCGUUUCCAACUGUAGCACCUUAUCAUCACCAACCUCUCUUCGUUCCAUUAAACUUUGGGUACACAGCUCUCUGGAAUACGCUAGCAGUGCCAGUUAUACAGUGCCCAGUAGGUUUAAAUGAUUAUAAUAUUCCGCUUGGUGUACAAGUCAUUGGUGCUCCUGGAUCCGAUUUUUUGCUUAUAUCUGUAGCGCAGGAUUUGGAAGAAGCUUUUGGUGGCUGGAAAGCUUUGCAAAAGUAA